UCUUACAUAGACAUUGCCUGUGUAUGUUGGUAUAGAGUUAUAUACAACUGAAAAAUGGAUAACUAUGCCCUCAACUGUUACUGUGAUGAAAAGGUGUUGAUGAAGAGAAACGAAACAAAAAGGAAUGUCAAGGAAGUGCUUCCUCUUGUCAAUGAGAUAUUGAGAUACGUAAAUGAACGAGACAAACGUUUUCUGAUACAACCACUGAGGAUGGGCAGUUAUGAUACGCACCUGAAGGUGGAGAGGGCAGACGAAUUUGACUACAAUGUCAUCGUCGAUGUCGGUAAGCUGAUAUGGGGAUCUGGAAAGACCAGAUACUACGGAUUUAACGACACCAGGGAUCAAGUAGUGGAGAAAAAAGGAUACGCAUUACCGAGUCCGUCAGUUGGCCAGUGUUUUAUUGAAAUCGGUUCCUUAAAGAAGAAAUGGGAGGCUGAUGGACUUGAAGACGGAGUGUCGAGCAUGACAUUUGACAAUGACAUAGUUCCAAUCAAGGUCAAAAGAAGAUUCAAAUCACUUGUCGGUGAAGCUGUUAAUCAGCCGAAAUUCAGAAAUAUGAUAACAACCGACAAAAUAUCAGCUUCUCCUGCUACCACACUUUCUGUGCAGUUCCCAGACAUUCCAUAUCCAAUCAGCAUUGAUCUGUGCCCGAUGAUCGAAGGUCAAUUAGAAUUCAAACCAGAGUUCAAUUGGCCUAGACCAAAUAGUCAGUGGCCAUCACGACAGAAGAAGUCGACCAUAGCUAAAAUUGGCGUGAAUGAAAUAGCAAAGGCGCCAUUUUAUUGGACACUGUCGUUCGCUGCCUGCGAAAAGGAGUUAUUGGAAGGAAUUGACAUUGGAGGAACACGUAGAAAGAAAAGCCAGCGGAUCAUGAAACGACUAAAAGACGAAGUAUGGUGUCCACCUGGAUUAAAGAAAGUCCUUACAUCAUACCACCUGAAGAACGUGCUGUUCUGGGAGUGUGAGGAUCACCCAUUUGAUGCCGAAUGGCAGAAGGAACUUCUGGCCACCCGGGUGAGGGCAAUGACAUAUCGUUUGUUGGGUUAUCUCCAGAGGGGAAAUCUUCCGCUGUACUUCCAUACCGGGGUCAAUCUGCUCUCCAGCAAGGAUAAAGACGUACUGCAGCAGGUAGCAAAAAAUAUCAAGUCAUUUGUUGACCAGCCAGAGAAAUAUUUUUAGGUGUAAUACCCAUGGGCGUUGUACAUAUUUUACCAGAAAUGAAAUUUAAUAUAAAGUAUUUUAACUACGUUUUUAUCAACCAAUCGACUCCUGUAAAUCACAAUAUUUUCAAGAAGAAAUAUUUAUUCAAUUACGAUCAGACUCGCUCGAAAGUUAAAAAAUAUUGAAAUAACUACCGGUAGUUUGGUAACUGAUAUUUAUAUAUUUAUGUACAUAUAAUAUGAAUAUGCUAGUAACUGCACAUCUAAUAUCAUUUAAACAUAUUUUGUAUUUUUAAGUUGAAAAUUAUGUCAUAUAUGAUAAGAAAAUCAGUGAAUAAUCUUAAUGUAGAUGUUGAGUGCUGGUUGACCAGAUUUCAUUCUGUAUUACAUUUGUACUUGAUGUUUCGAUGUCAUUAUCGAUUCCUUAUCUGAAUAAAUUAUAUCUCUUUAAAAUGAU